CGCAUCCCUCCUCCUCUUGUUCAAGCAUUGAUUUCUGAAAGUAAACGCUUUCUCAUCUCUCACUAACCGGGCAUUUCCAAGAGAAAGCCCAUUUAGGUUGCGCCAGGGUCAUGGCAAAGGGUAUACAAACAAGUAUAGGUCAUACUGCAAAUGUUACAAAAGACGACGUAGGUGGACUUGAAGCAUUGAAAGCCAAUAUGAAAGCAAAGCUGCGCCAUAAUAUUUCACCUUUCUCUGCUAAAUGCUGCAUCUUCAGAGUUCCUCUGUUGCUGCGGAGACAUAACCCAGGGGCCUAUGGACCUGACAUCGUCUCAAUCGGACCCCUUCAUAGCCGACGCGAAAAAAAAUUUCAAGCCACGGAAAAUGUGAAACAGUGGUAUUUGCAUAACCUUCUUUCCCGCAUGAAUAUAAGCUUGGAAAUAUUCAUCGAACGCAUUGGCAAGGUUUUAGAUCAAGAAAAAGAAUGCUUUGCUGAGUUUGACACUCGCGCUCGUGAUUUCUAUGCAGAACCACUGGAUCAUAUUAACCAGGAUGACUUCAUAGAAAUGAUGAUACUUGACGGUUGCUUCAUAAUGGAAUUUUUUCGGAAUUUCUAUUAUAAGGAACGCAGGGACAUCAAUGACCCCAUAUUCAACAUGGAUUGCAUGAUCCAGUAUUUGUUCCAUGACCUUUUGCUACUAGAAAAUCAGCUACCUUGGUUUGUCCUCGAGCGCUUGUACAACCUUACCAGGAACUACGAUGAACCUGAUGAUACCGCCCUCAUUGUACUUAUGCUCAAGGCCUUCAGCACACAUCCACCAUUGCACCAUAAUUCCCAUUCCUAUCUAUGUUAUCUUUAUGAUCAUGGCGAUAAAAUUUCGCACACUGAAAAAAAAUAUGGCGAUGACAAAGACGGUGAGGCUGUUGUUGUGGUUGAUGACGACAACGAUGACGACGACCAUGAUGAUGGACUUUUGCACAUACUUGAUCUGAUAAGAACUUCAAUAGUUUUCCCAUUCAAAUGUCAAAUUGAUCGAUCAUUUGAAAACUUAGAGGAACAAUUGAUUCCCACUGCGACUGCUCUAUCUGAGGCAGGCGUUAAAUUCAGAAAAGGCACCGCUGAAAGCAUAAUGAACAUUCAGUUCAAACAUGGAGUUUUCACAAUUCCACAACUAGCAAUUGGAGAGCUGACUGAAUCAAUUUUCCGGAACCUCAUUGCCUUGGAGCAGUGUUAUCAUGGCCGUUCACCUAAAAUUACAUCGUAUGCAGUUUUGAUGGACAACCUCAUUUGCUCCAGCAGGGACAUGAAACUUCUUUGUGAAAAUGAAGUACUAGGUAAGUGGUUGAGCCCAGAAGAUGGUUCUCAGUUCUUCAACAAGCUAUACAAUGACACCUUGCUUCGAAAGUUCUACUAUAGUGAACUCUGCUUUCGAGUGAAUACAUACUACGGCAAAGGAUGGAGCAAGUGGCUAGAAAUAUUGAACCGUGAGUAUUUAUCUAACCCAUGGAAAAUUAUUUCUUUGGUUGCAGCUUGUAUCCUUCUGGUGCUCACCCUAUUGCAGACAUACUAUACAGUUCACCAAUAAUAUAUGCUCCUAGUGUGUAAUUAGUUUAAAUUAUUCCAUCGUGGGAUGAAUGUUCAUUUUACCUUUACUGAUAAAAAGUUCAGUUUCAGAUACCAA